GGUAUGCAUCUAAACAUAGUGUUUAAUCUCAUAGUUAAAUUUGCUUAGAAAUGAGUCAGAUACUGCAGCUCUAUCAUGUGAUUUGUUUGAGCUGGGAGGCUGAUCUCUCUGGCUGGGAGGAGUUGUUUGACUAAUCAAAGAGCACAAUAUUUAAACUGCAGCUGCUCCAAUUGGCACACUACUGUUUAAGGCAGCAGCCCAUUUGAUCAGCAUGGAACUGACAGCAAAAAGUCACUCAAUCCCUUUAAGUGAUGGAAACAGCAUACCUUUAAUUGGACUUGGAACCUAUGCAAAUCCACGCCAGACCCCUAAAGGAACUCCUUGUGCAGCUGUUAAACUGGCCAUUGACGUUGGAUACAGACACUUCGACGGAGCCCUGGUUUAUUACAACGAACACGAGGUGGGGCAAGCAAUCAGAGAAAAAAUUGCAGAUGGGACCGUAAAGAGAGAGGAUAUCUUCUACUGCGGAAAGUUGUGGAACACAUUCCAUCCCCCUGAGUUGGUACGACCUGCUUUGGAGAAAACCCUGCAAGCAUUACAGCUGGAUUAUGUGGACCUGUAUAUUAUAGAACUUCCCAUUGCUUUCAAGCCAGGGGAUACGUUCUACCCACGAGAUGAGAAUGGAAAAGACAUUUAUCACAAGUCAGACCUCUGUGCUACAUGGGAGGCUAUGGAAGCUUGCAAGGACGCGGGGCUGGUGAAGUCUCUUGGAGUUUCCAACUUCAACAAGCGCCAGCUGGAGCUGAUCCUUAACAAACCUGGCCUGAAGCACAAACCCGUGUCGAACCAGGUUGAAUGCCACCCCUAUUUCACUCAGCCAAAGUUACUUCAAUACUGCCGGGAGAAGGACAUAGUCAUCGUUGGUUACAGCCCUCUUGGGACAUCUAGGGAUGCAUCGUGGGUCAACCUAAAAUGUCCCCCAUUGUUGGAAGAUGAGGUUCUGGUCACGAUUGCCAAAAAGUACAAAAAGACAACAGCGCAGGUGUGCCUGAGGUUCAACAUGCAGAGAGGAGUGGUGGUCAUCCCCAAAAGCUUCACACCUGAGCGCAUAAAGGAGAACUUUGAUAUUUUUGACUUCUCCCUGUCGGAUGAUGAGAUGAAGGCAAUCGAGGGGCUGAACAAGAAUAUUCGCUUUGUGGAGCUCCUGAUGUGGUCCGAUCAUCCAGAAUACCCAUUUCAUGAUGAAUACUGACAUCCCAGACAUCGAGACUACAUUUAUUCAAAGCUGGCUAAUCUUGGUGAUUCAACUCAACUUGCAAAUACUUUUUUUCUUGCACAUUCAAUACUUACCUAAUUUUUUAAAUCCAGAAAAGCAUU